AUGCAUCCUCAUUCACGUUACCAGGAUCUGCUGGGAAGUGAGAGGCCCGAGUAUUUCCAAGAGAGCCAUGAGUGCGAGAGUCCUGCUCCGUACUGGCGUGGCCAUGAAAUGUUUCCUUGCAUUGAUCCCCAACUUCACUCUCUUCGAAUGGGCGACACACACAACAAUGCCCAUUAUCCCGGAUCGAUUGACGCUCACCGUUUCUUGACCGCCUAUGAUCCCAUUGCCCAUGGCUUUAGCCCCCCUUACCAACGCCAUGAAUCCGAAAGUGUGCUCUUCCAACUUGGUGUUCUCAACCCCUGGAACGACAAUUUUGACGAGUGUCGACACCUCCGUUAUCUGUCGCCGACCGAUCCUUGGGGAAACACCCUAUCCAGCACCGAGUCUUCUGUCAGCGAUUAUACUCUCAGCCCAGAUGUUGUGCGACGCUCCCACGAUUUUCCUUUCCCCCAACGGAAUCGGGAGUUCGAUGGCCCUUCAGUCGGGGCGUCGUCAGCCAUCAGCCACUCCUGGCCGCCACAACCUUCUUUUGUGCCCACGCUCCCCUCCCCACCGAUCCCGUCCAGUCAUCCUCCAUUGAGCAUGAGAGACCUCCAAGUCACGAGAGACCCAGAACCUGUCGAAGAACCCAUGGACGACAAAGACGCCCUUCAUCACAAACUCCAUCUCCCCGAAGAGCUCGAGUUGUCAGAACAGGCCAUGAGUCCUGCUGAUUCUGGCCUGGGACAGUCGAUUCACGACGACGACGCCGUCAAAGACGAGGAGAAUGAUUGUGGAGCUCGCGAGAGCGACAACGAUUCCGAAUUCCUCCCGGCUCAACGUACCCCACGUCGCAGUACCACCGUUCGGCGCCAUUCAUUGCGUUCACCGCGCCGCCAAGCUCCCCGAGCAGUCAUCGACCCAAGUUCGAGGGUCCAGAAGCCCUCUCACAACCGCGGAGCCUUAGUCCACAUGUCACGAUCCAAAGGCAAGAGACAGACCGUGAAGAAACUAGCUCCAGGAGCCAAGUCCUUCCCCUGCACCUUUCACCACUAUGGCUGCAGGGCCUCCUUCGCUAGCAAGAACGAGUGGAAACGUCACGUAGCAUCUCAACACCUUCAGCUGGGAUUCUAUCGCUGUGAUUUGGGAUCUUGUGCACCAGAGGUCGCCCGAAACCAGCACAAGGGAUACAACGACUUCAACCGCAAGGAUCUCUUCACGCAGCACUGUCGCAGGAUGCACGCGCCAUGGGUCGGGACGAAGAAAAGCGCGGAGAGUGUGACGAAGAAAGAGAGAGACAGCUUCGAAAAGCAACUCGAGGACAUUCGAGCCCGUUGCUGGAUUGACCGCCGCAAAGCUCCCGCCAAGAGCAAAUGUGGGUUUUGCGGCCAAACAUUCGAAGACCCCAAAGGAUGGGAAGAGCGAAUGGAACACGUCGGCCGACAUCUCGAAAGAGAUGGUUCCAAGAUUGAACAGGAAGAGGUCGAUGACGGUCUCAAGCAAUGGGCCAUAGCCGAGGGUGUUGUGCGACCGGGGAGGAGGAAGGGCGAGUGGUGGCUUGUCGGGUUUGAGCCGGAACCGAAUCGGACACCGCGAGGGCAAAGAAGGAGCAGAAGACUCAUCGUCGAGCAUGAAGAGUCAGCCGAGGAGGAGAAUGAAGAAGACACGGAUAAUGACGAUGAAGAAACAGAGGCAGAAGACGAAGACAGCAUCGAGGUGCACCGAGGAGACGUUCCGAUGGAGACUGAUGAUAAUGAUGACUCUGACUCCGACGAUGCCGAUGUCGAUGCCGACUCCGAAACCGACGCCGAGGCAGAAGAAGACUGA